AUGAGGCUGCAGUGUGAGGUGGAGGUCAUUAACCGCAUGUUGCCCACCUUUGGGAUGAGGAACAGAGGGAAGGGCACCCGGGCUGUGCUGUCUGUGGGCAGACAGGAGGAGAAGGGCUCAGGCCUGCGGGGGGCAAUCUACCUGAUGAUCUGCACCCUGAAGGACAAGGCCGGCUCUAGGUAUAAGCUACAAGAAAACAUUGAGAACUUGUUCUCCAAGUUUUUAAAUGAAGGAAAAGCAACAGUAAGGCUUAAAGAGCCAGCUGUGGACAUAUGUCUCAGUAAGGCAGAUGUCUUCAAUCUAAAGAACUUUAUUUCUGCG